AUGGGCUUCAGAGGCCAAAGACUCCAUCACUAUGUUGCGACUGUCGCAGGCAUGGGUUUUCUACUCUUUGGAUACGACCAGGGAGUCAUGGGAGGUCUUCUUACUCUUCCCUCCUUUGUCAAGCAGUUCCCCAAGAUGGACACUUCUGACUAUCUACCGCCGGAUGUCAAGUCCUUCAACACCACCAUCCAAGGCACAGCAAUUGCCAUCUACGAGAUCGGGUGCAUGAUGGGGGCUCUAUUCACCAUGUGGGGAGGAGACAAGGUCGGUAGACGGUACAUCAUCUUCUACGGAUCAAUCAUCAUGACCAUUGGAGCCGUUCUACAAUGUGCCUCAUACUCUUUGGGCAUGUUCAUUACAGGCCGUGUCGUCUCGGGUGUCGGUAACGGAUUCAUCACCGCAACAGUCCCCAUGCUCCAGUCUGAGUGUGCGAAACCAGAGAAACGAGGCAAACUCGUCAUGUUGGAAGGAGCUCUUAUCACCGCCGGUAUCGCUCUUUCAUACUGGAUCGAUUUCGGCUUCUAUUGGGUCAAGGCCAACGACGCUGACUGGCGGUUCCCUGUCGCAUUCCAAAUUGUCUUCUGUCUCUUUCUCUUCUUCACCGUUCUUACUAUCCCCGAAUCUCCAAGGUGGUUGGUCAAAAAGGGGCGAUUCGAAGAAGCAGCCGGAGUCUUUGCUGCCCUCGAAGAUGUGGACAUUGAAGACCCCUACGUUGUCACCCAGAUCACAUACGUCAAAGAAUCCAUCAUGCUGGAACAAUUGGCUCAGUUGGGUAUUGAUGGACCUGCUGCUCGUGAGAAGAUUGCAGCAGGCGAGUUUUCAAUGGGUGAGGAACUGCCCUUCCUGUCCCAGAUGAAACUCAUGUUCACCUUUGGCAAGAAGAAGAAUUUCCACCGAACCAUGCUGGCCUACUGGAGUCAGGUCAUGCAACAAAUCACAGGUAUCAAUCUCAUCACAUACUAUGCGGCGUACAUCUAUGAGACGUCUGUCGGCAUGACCCCUACUAAUUCUCGAAUUCUCGCUGCUUGUAACGGUACCGAAUACUUCCUAGCCUCUUGGAUCGCCUUCUACACCAUCGAGCGGUUCGGACGUCGAAAACUCAUGAUUUUCGGAGCUGCUGGUCAGGCAGCUACUAUGGCUAUUCUCACAGGAUGUGUCUACGCUGCAUCUUCACCGGCAGACGGAGGACUCGACAAUCAGAGCGCCGGUGUUGCUGCUGCCGUCUUCCUUUUCGUCUUCAACACCUUCUUUGCCAUUGGUUGGCUGGGCAUGUCGUGGCUGUAUCCUGCCGAGAUCAGUUCCUUGGAGAUUCGAGCUCCCGCCAACGGCCUUUCCACCUCUGGAAACUGGGUCUUCAACUUCAUGGUCGUCAUGAUCACCCCCGUGGCCUUCGACACUAUCAAGUGGAAGACCUACAUCAUCUUUGCCGUCAUCAACGCAGCCAUGGUUCCAGUCGUCUACUUCUUCUAUCCCGAGACUGCCGGUCGGUCUCUGGAAGAGAUUGACCAGAUCUUUGCCGACUCCAACCCCAAGACACCCUGGGACGUUGUCUGGAUCGCCAGACGGCUCCCUAAGAGCACUGCUGUCGACCACAACCUCGUUGAGCCUCGAAUCUUGCUCGAAGAGAAGACUGCCCUUGAGACGGUCGAGUCUGUUUCCCCCACUCCUUCUGAUCAAGAGGAAACCAGACAUGUUUAA